AUGAAAAAAGGUUUUGUACAUUGUGGAUAUAAAAUAAUGCCUUAUUCAAUGGAUUAUUGUGCUUUAUUAUCGAAUUUUGAAGCUGAUCAAAAUUAUAGAAGCAUAGAUAAUCUAACUGUUGGUAUUAUUAAGUCGGCUGACUGCACGUAGUGCAGUUUGCCGACUUAUUGCUUUUCACUAGCUUAGUUGCCAUGGCAAAUUCUUCUUCUUCUUCUUCUUCUUCAUCCGCUGACUGCACGAGCCC